AUAAAAUUAACGAUUAAAUGAAAACUUUGUUAUUAACAAUUCUCCUUAUUGGAUUUUGUUUAUGUCAAGCCCAAAGCCAAGAGUAUCCAGGGGUUGUUGGAACUAUUGGGUUGGACUUCUUGAAUAAGAUCAAGGAUAGCUACUUUUGGGGACACUUAAUGAGUGAAGUCAAUAAUCUGCAAAUUGAUGAUAUGCAUGAAGGCAAGCUUAAAUUUCAUUCGAUCAGACUAGAAACUUCAACCCCUUCAUCUGACAAUCUUCAGAUUUUGUUUGAUGCUCAAAAUGAUGGUCUAAGGCUCAUAAUUAGAAACUUGAGUGCGAAGAUGACAGGAAAAUGGAGGUUCAAAAAGGCUUUUGUUAAAAUUAAAGGCCAUGCAGAAAUCAAAGGAGAAUUUGAUGAGAUUGCAAUCACUCUUGGCUUUAAAACACAAGACAAAGAAGGAUACAAGAUUCCUGCAGUCUAUGCAAAAGCUGUGAAUAUAGAAAUGGACAAACAUAAAUGGAAGGGAAGCUUUGGACAUAACGUUAUUAACGAGAUAGGAAAUCUGAUUUUAAAAAUUUUUAGAGGAAAAGGAGUUAAACUUAUUAGGAACAAGGUUACUCAUGAAUUACAGAAUAAAGUUCCUGAUCUUCUUAAUGUAGAAAUCAAGAAAGCAAUAGAAAUUGAAGCUCCUCUUGCUCCUUGGCUCAGUAUGAAUAUUGCUACAGUCAGUCCUAUUAAAGUCACAGCAGAUUCUCUUUCAUUACCUUUAAAUGGCACUAUCUUUAUUCCAGGCUCUUCGAUCAAUACUAAGCAUAACGUUACUGAUUUGAAGCUGAACAUGACGAACUCAAAGAAUGAUGUAUUGUUGACUGUCAGCAACUAUGUCUUCUAUACUUUUGCUGAAUCAUUAAACCAAUAUGAUUUUGAAUACGAUCUUGAUUCUGACGGUUACCAAAUUCAUAUAAUGGUUCCUAGAAACAAAGAUUCUAUUAGCAUCACUAACACUGAAAAAGGACUCCAUGUUGUUGCAAAUGGAGUUUGCACUCUAGCCAAUUUGCAAACUUCUUUCGAUGUCAAAAUAUCAGGAGAUCUUUCAUUCAACUUUACAAAUGGAGACAAAGAUCAUAUGUUCUACCUGAACCCAACUAUUGAUAAAGAGUCGUUAGAUAUCUCCACUUCGAACGUCCAAUUCGUACGUCAAAAAUUAGGUCUAAGAUUACUAACCCCAAUCUUUGAUCCAAUGAUUGAAUACUUUUUGCAAAAGCUUGAAUUGAAAACUAUUCCUGUCAAAAAGGUGAAGGAUUUCCCAUUCGUUCUCAAUCACUCAUCCACAGAGUUUAAUCCUUCAUUCAUGUCCGUUAGUUUGGACGUCUAAGUUCUCGAUAAAUCAAUUUCA